AUGUGGCCAAAGGGUGUUGGUUAUCCAGUGCAACCUCCAUUGAUCAGGGCUAUGCCAGGAAGGCCAAAAAAGAAGAGGAGAAGAGAUGUAGAUGAGAGGGAUCCAAACAACAACAUAAGGCUAAAAAGAAUUAGGACUAGGAUGACAUGUCAAAAGUGCCUUCAAGUUGAUCACAAUGCAAGGUCUUGCAAAAACGAAGAGAAGCCAAGAGGUAGGCCAAGGAAGCAUCCUGUCACAUGCAGUGAGAGGCCUACAAAGGAAAGGAAGCGGCGCACCAUAAAGAAAAAUGCUACAUCAGCCAUUAAUGAAGACACUGCUCCAACUCUUACCUCAACUGAUCCUGCCUCCACUGGUUCAGCCCCCACCUUACACUCAACAACACAUGCAAAUGCUUCCACAAGCACAGUCAUGAGAGAAAGAAACACGACCUUAAAAGGACUUGGGGCAUAUGUUGCUCAAGGGACAGGGAACAUAUAUGUCAUUAUGUCUUCAAGGAGUGCCCGAGCAACCUUCGUACCACCCCGUCCUAACAUAAGGUCUACAACCAGUGGAAGCCAAUCAUCUGGAGUAGGAUUUUCCAACACACAAUCUGCUCCAACUGCUCCAACAGGUGUUAACAGCAUAAUGGCCAUUUCACAGGCUUCAAUAUUCCACCAAAUUCUGCUAAUGUCAUACAAAAGUAUUUUGAAUCCAAUGGCUCGUACGAAGGGUAAAGGAAAGGCUGUCGAUGCUGGCACCUCACGCGUUAAAAAAACAAAAAGAGUAGUGCAAGGAUCGUCGUCUGGCCCACCCACAAAGAAACGGAAAGUGGGCGAACCAUCCGGAGUGAAGAAUGUGGAAGAUGGUUGCAAAAGCCCAAAAAGAAAGAAGCUAAAGAGAAAGGAAUUUGCAAUUCCAAACGAUGUGAAGUGUCGUCGACGAAUUAAGAACACCGAAGAUGGUCCAGAUGCCAAAAAGAAAACAGACCACCCAAAGCUCAAGACCCGUACUACAACAUCUACAUUCUUUAAAAAAUUGACAGUUUUGAAUGACGCACAAAAGGAUGCGGUCCGUUCUAUUGGAUUCGGGCAUAUAUUAGAGUUCAAGGUGAACAAAGUACCAUCAAAGCUUGCUUAUUGGGUCUUGGACAGGUUCAACCAUAGGAGCUGCACAUUAGAGCUUGAUGUACUUACAAAAGUUGAGAUAGAGGAGGAUGAUGUGUACAGGGACUACGGAUUUCCGAAAGGAAAUAAACUGAUAGAGAACUUUGAAAGGACGGCUGAAAAUGAGCUCUUUAUCGAGUGGAAGAAUUUCUUCAACGUAGCGAACAGAGACAAGAUCAAGAUAAAAGCAUUGCUACGUCGUAUGGUUGACAGUGCAGAUGGCGGGUCGUGGUUUAAGCGCCAUUUCAUCAUUGCAUUGUGUUUCUCGCUGAUGGAGAGUUGCACUAGUGGCACCGUACAUCCUUACAUAUUUAGUGCUCUGGCUAACAUCGAAGAAAUCAAAAGCUGGAAUUGGGGAGAGUAUCUGUUGAGGUGUUUGAUAGAUCAUAAGAAAUCAUGGAUGGCAGACAAGACAAAAGUCUUUGGUGGGCCGACUUUGUUCUUAGUGCUUUUCUACGUGGAUAGGAUACAAAUCGGUAGGCAAUCUGUGCCUAGAGGAUUCCCUAUUUUCAUGCAGUGGACAGGGAAGACGUUGAGAGAAAGGCAGGAGAAAGAGCUGGAUGAUGAUUUCUUUGGGGGUGGUGCUGUUGUCAAGCCAAUUGCUUUGCCAAUUGAGUACACAACCGACGUCCCAACUGAAUAUGCACAGGGUGGUUAAUACAGGGGCCCCGUAGCAACUAAAUUGAUGAACGAUGCAAUAGUAAUUGGUGAAAUGAUCUGCGUAGCACGUGAAAUGGUGCAGAAGGCUUCGGAUGAGGAGAAGAACUCACAGUAUUUCAAGGAUAGCUUGGUUGCAGCUUCAAAAAUUAUUGGUGUAACGAUUGAGGUGGGUGGGAAGUUGCGUGACAAAUUGCCUGAGGGAUUAGAACCUGAAACUGACCCGUUUUGGUAUACGGACGAAGUUCACGCUGCUGUUGAUGCAGCUUCAGUUGAAACUUUGACAAAUAAAACACGUGACAUGCCUGAGAAUGUUGAUAUUCCAAGUUUCUCC